AUAUAUUGUACUUUUGCCUCAUAUUCGAAAUAUGAGGCAAAAGUACAAUACAUUGCUCUUUUAAUUUCAGGAGAAAAUCUAGGCUGCUUUGGAACGAGUAAGAAAAAGAAAGAAGGUACCAACAACCCCGAAGCUUUUGACGACUGCAACAUUCCCACAGAGUAUUCGAAAAAUGCAGUAACUUAUAACCAUUUGAACAAGGGAUAUGGACAAUUAUGGCAACCUGAAGUAGUUCAAUACUCUUUAUCCUUACUGCAAAGUUGUUCGAAUCCAGAAACUCUCGAAGCCGCAGCUGGAGCAAUUCAAAAUCUAUCUGCAUGUUACUGGCAACCAAGUGUUGAUAUUCGUGCAACAGUGCGUAAGGAAAAAGGUCUACCAAUACUUGUGGAGCUUCUUAGGAUGGAAGUGGAUCGCGUAGUCUGUGCAGUAGCCACAGCACUGCGCAAUUUAGCAAUUGAUCAACGAAACAAAGAACUUAUUGGAAAGUAUGCGAUGCGAGACUUAGUACAGAAACUCCCAUCUGGAAAUUUACAACAUGACCAAAAUACUUCAGAUGACACAAUAACAGCUGUAUUAGCCACAAUUAAUGAGGUUAUUAAAAAAAAUCCCGAGUUUUCUCGUUCCUUACUAGAUUCGGGAGGAAUCGACCGGCUAAUGAUCAUAACAAGACGAAAAGAAAAAUAUACCUCUUGCGUGUUGAAAUUUGCUAGUCAAGUUUUAUACACCAUGUGGCAACAUAACGAAUUGCGAGAGGUUUAUAAAAAAAACGGAUGGAAAGAAAAUGAUUUUAUAAGUAAACAUUUUACAGCACAGAACACUCCGCCAAAUUCACCAAACGACGUCAACAAUACACUCAAUAGACCAAUGGCUUCACAAGGACGUACUCGCUAUGAAGACAGAACUAUACAGCGAGCAAAAAGCAGCUCAUAUGCUGCUAAGGAAUCCAGUGGAUUAUAAAAUUAUUAUUAUUUCUUAAUUAUUUCAGUACUAAAGAUUAUAUGAAAAGUAUUCAAUUUUUAAAUUAUUCAAAUAAAGCCUAUUAUUAAAUCCCUUUGACCAAAAGGUUUUUACAGCAUUUACCCAACAUAAUUGUAAAAUAUCACUAUAAUAAAAAUGUAAUCUGAAAACAAAAAAAUAAU